GCCCUGAAUACAGACCGGGCUACCCCUACGGUAAACAGCCAUUUGAACCUUCGCCAUUUUUUACGGAAAUUGGGCCCGUUCGGACAAUACAGGGCGCACACGUAGUUACUUAGCAAUCCUUCGGGGGCUUAGUGCGUCUGUGAUGUAAUUGAGGUGAAGUGGAAGUAUUUUUUUCAUGUGGAAAUCGUGUAACUUUGAGAUAUUUUUUAACUGGAAAGUGCCCAAGCUAAGGAGAUUUGUACGUCGGCGGCGUGCAGGCGUGUGCGCACGGGCUACUCGCCAUUGGCCGGAGCAUUUUGAAUAGGCUGCUUCACACGGCUUUCAUCAGCUGCGCGAGAGGUCACUGUAAUCCGUUUACUGAAAUUGUCGUAAGGCGGUGUGACAAGUAAAAUGUCUGCCAUGGACGACACACGGCCACCGGACCAUGCCGAUGCCGAUGGAGAGAGAUCAGCACCAGUCACGUCAUCAACAACGACACCAUCACCAACCUCACCCAUCGCCAACGACAAGGGUGCAAGCAUGCUUGAGGAGAGGACCGUUCAUCCUGUCAAGCGUAUGUGGAAUACUGACGCAGACGAGGCCAUAGAAACAACCAAAAGAGCAAGAAUUACAGAAUCCUUGGACAACACACUUCACGACAAUGUGUCCAAUGAGAAGCUCUCCCACACCAAUGCUGUUCCAUCCGUGCUAAAUCAAGACAAAGACACAAACGGUGAUGGAACAAGUGACCAUUUACCACAGGACACCAGCAACGGUGCGCUGGAGAAUAACUCCCCGCUGGUGAACAAUACAAAGGAUUCAAGUCUACAGAAAUCUGUGGAUGACAAGCCAGGCACACCUGAGAGGGAGACUAGUGGACCCCCCAGGGACCCUUGCAAAGCACCAAUGGAAACCAGUGCAAAUCCGAUGGAUACCGGUGAAUCUCGGACGGCGGAGACUUGUGCAUUAAACAACAGCAAUGACGAGGAAUCGAUGGAUGUGGAUUCCGACUCGCCAGCAAACAGUGCGCCGGUAACACCCAAACCCUCAGGACUAGAACCAGAAAGAACAAAAACAACUGAUAAUGACAGCAAAGACAGUCUGGAAGACUCAGAGAUGAGAUCUCCGAGCCAAACAGAAUUGAUAGGUCAAUCCAGAGGCGGCGUUGAGACUGAAACAAAAGUUUCAACGGCCGACCCAAGUCACCCCAUGGAACCGCUGGACCGACAAUCGGCAAUUGUGACAAAACAAACAGGUUCGUCGGGUGAACAAAAUGUGGACACAAAACCGUCAGAUGAUUCGCCUCCAAGAACUGACGAAACAAGCGGCACACAGGAAUCAAUGCCACUGAAUUUAAAGAAUGGGGAGGGCAAACCCACAACCACUCCAACGGGAAAUGUAGCAGACCUGAAAGACAUGAUCAAAGAGCGAUUUAAGGAUAAGAUUGAGAACAGCGUGGAUUUCAAGCAGACAAAUGGCAAGAUGACCGAGGGAAAUGGUACAAACGAAGUCCCCACAAGCACAGCAAACAAUGAGCCCUCCAGAUCCUCCUCACCUCAGGAUGAUGUCAUUGUCCUCUCAGACGAUGAUGUGGAUGGUACCCCAGACGAUGAUGAUGCCAGCUCCAUCGACACCGGACCCUUCUCUCCCCUUCCUGACGAUGACCCCCUGAGCAAACUCACAGACGACGAGCUGAGCCAGCGAGACAAAGCCAUCCGGGACCUCCAAGAGGAGUUGCGCACCGAGGAGGGCAAGCUACUGCUGCUCAAGAAACUCCGGCAGAGUCAGUUGCAACCUGUCCAGGUCGCACCCAAGGAAGGGGCCACCGCUGCCACCGAUACGUCCAGUGGCAGUGUCGUCCAACCACCCCAGAAGGCCAAUCCCACCCCGAACGUCAACACGUCGCUGCCACAGCUGCUACGGACUGCCCAAGGCACCAAGAUUCACCUGACAGCCCAGCAGCAGCAGCAGCACCUGCAUCAGCUCAAGCAGCUCCAACAACUCCAGCAACAGCAGCAGAAAGCCGGUGGCGGCAGCAGGAUCAUACAGAUGCCCCAGCUGGUGCGGGGCUCUCAGAUCCAGACUAUUGGCCGCAGCGUGCUGACCUCUCAGAGUGGCCCUCCCCCAUUAGUCAUGGUGUCCAGGGGAGGCACACAGGGUCAACCAAUACAGGGCACCCGGCACAUUAUACGGGUCAGCGGCACAGGAACUGUCAGCACAACCACCAUACAGUCGGCCGGUGGUCAGAUUGUUAACCAACAAUCUCGUACCAGCACAACCAUGGCCAAUGAUACCCAGUCAGCAGCCAGCCGCCAAGCAGCUGCCAAGUUGGCUCUCCGUAAGCAGCUUGAGAAGACCCUGCUGCAGAUCCCUCCUCCCAAACCGCCCCCACCGGAGCUUCACUUCCUGCCAAGUGCUGCCAACAAUGAGUUCAUCAUCCUGGUGGGCUUAGAGGAAGUAGUCAACACUAUCCUGGAAGUAGAGAAGGACUCUAAACGCAAGACGCCACAGCGCUUCACGGACCCCUUCCGCUGCGCCCAGUGCAAGACGGACUUCACCACCAUCUGGAAGCAGGAUGCCAAGCAGGGCAUCAUGUGUGAGACCUGUAUCGUCUCCAAUCAGAAGAAGUCCCUAAAGGCGGAACACACUAACCGAUUGAAGACGGCGUUUGUCAAGGCGCUACAGCAGGAGCAAGAGAUUGAGCAGCGGAUGCAACAGGGCCAGAAUCCAGUCAUUCAUAGCAGCCAGCAGACAUCCAGACAGCAUCACCAGGGCUCCCAUAUCCAGUCCUCCCAACAGAACCGGCACCGGGUCAUGAACCCAGUGCCCCACCAGCAGCAGCGCACAGUGCUCAACCCAGCACCUAACACCCAGCGGGUCAUGCAGCCGGUCACCUACACCUAUAUACCACACGUUAGUGGGGUCAAGAACUCCGGCCAAUCCUUCACCUACAGAGUCCCCACCUCCCAGAUUCAGAUGGUGAGCAAGAACCAGAUAGUCACUAGUCACCACUCUGCUAACGCCGCCAGGCAGCGAGAAUACCUCCUAGACAUGAUCCCAUCCAAGGUGCUCAAUCAAAAUGCCACAGUCCCUUGGAAGAGAUAAAUCCUCUUCCUCUCCCUCUCAAGCCUGUCUUAGGGAUUUAUGAAAUCUUGGCGUUGUCUUUAGCUUUGCCGCUGUCUGUAGCUUCAGGCUCCAGUUUCAUGAUUUUUAGUCCCCUGGCUGGACAAAUGUCAGUACACAAGCGGUCCAGUUGCUGUGCUCAAGACACUGUGUACUGUUAAAGGCCAGCGGUGGGUGUUUGUUUGAAAGAGUGUGAAUUUGGCAGGAAACGUUUGAAUCUUGGAUUAGCUAAGAAGCCUGGGUUUGAAAAACCUUCUGGUCGUUCCUAACCAUCCUUGUGAGAGGCCACUAUUAUUUUCAUGGUUCUGUUUUUGGUUUUUGUUUUUGAAACCCGCCAUCAAAGUAUUUAGUGAGAUCCCUGACAAUCAGUUCUGCUUUAUAUAUACAGCAACCAAUCGAGUAAUUUGCAUUGAUAGUUUGGCCCAUUGCGAGUGGCUGUGAUCUUUACUGGUGCAUGACCCAUUUGUCAUGCCAGUGCCCCUGAUUUUAACCAUUUUCCCAGUUGUGGAAUUACUCCACACCCUGGCUUGUUAAAACCUUUCCAUCUGCAAACAACAGUGGGCGCCAUACUGACAUAAUGUAGCAGUCACUUGUUCCUAAAUGAGAAGGCAACAAGGUACGGAUCCUGUCGUUGCAGUAGCUUUAAAUAGGUGAAUUCAUCACCCAAACCACAAACUUGAAACAAUCUGCAUAAAAUGUUGUUGAGAGUAUGACUUGGUGGUGCCGAUGAAAUUCUUUUUUGUUGCACACGGCAGACAACCUCUGUGAGUCGGACGCUAAUCUAGUUGUGAAAACCCAAGUGUGAUUAACUUCGGUUGAAAUAAGCCAGGUUAACUAUAACCGUGGUUAACUAUAACCGUGGUUGAAAGUAUUAACUAACGUGUACAGCUCUAAGAGCCAUAUGUGGCAGGGAGGGGAGUAAAGCCCUCGGAAAUAAAGAUGGCUUUCUUAGCUCAUAGGCUUUAUUUAUUACAAAUGGGAUAUGAUGUCGGUUCUAAUUUACUGUAAAUUUAUUCAGACAGAAUUUUUUUGCAAAGUUUGCAUUAAUUGAUUUUUAAGGAAAAAAAUUACCAAGAAGAGAAGAAAAACGACAACGGAAAAUAAAGUGUUCCUCUUCUUGACCAAAGCCUUACAAUUGCUACGUUUGCUCGGAGUAUUAUUAGAGAAUUCCGACGUUAUUUAAAGGUCGGAGACAAACAAGCGGUCAACAUUCAUGUUUGUAUGUACGAGGAUCUAAAUGAUUGUAAAUACUUGUAGUUUAUAAACCACAGUUGUUAUUGAUAUAAAAAAAACAAAAAACAAAACGAAAGACAAAUGUUGUAAAUUAUUUAAUGGUGUUACGUGAUAUCUUCCAUGGUUUAAACCUUCAACCAAAGGUGUUGGCAGCGAGCGGGACGAGUGUUUAAAAGUUCCCUUGAAUAAUUUGGGUAUCUGUAGAUCUUUUUUUGUAUGGAGUGUGGUCAUGGUUAUGAAAGCGGUAAUAUUCCACUGAUUUUGCUCCAAUUUUUUUUUUGGUUGAAAAAAUUCCCAGAUUUUGAGCAUUGAUGCCAAAGACCUUCAUAUAGGAAAAUACAUAAUAGAUUUGCACUCAAAGCCUCGUUGGUAACAAUUUAAAGGGGAAUUUGGUAAUGCUUUAAAGGGGAAUAUCUUAAUUGUGUACCAUGUAUGCGUAUGAAGCAGGAUUUUAACCCCCUGAAAAUGUCGAGAUAAAAGUUAAUCCGCAAAAUUUUCUUGAAAAUGUAAAUCCUCUAAAUUAGGUAUUUAUAUGUUACAAAUUGGAUAUUUAACAGUUUCUGAAUAAAACAACACAUGUAUAAAGAUAGUUAUUUAUUCAAAGGACCAGCGUACUCAAUUCUAAGGUAAUAACUUUUUUUGCGUACAGCUCGAAAGGGCGCCCCCUAGGGACAAUGAGUCCUUGUGUCGGUUUGAACGUCACAGUGUAUUGUUUCAAUACCGUCUAAUGAAGGCCAUUAAUUCUGUGCUUGAUCAAAAAAUCCCUGUAGAUUUCUUCAUGUUUAUUCACGAUAAUGGUGAAUACUGUAGAUUUGCAAUUGUUAUUGUUUAAUUCCACUACUAAUCUAACCACACAACUGCAAUAUUUAAUCCUGUGUUUUCAAGGAAACAUUAUGAUAUCUCCACUAGAUAAUGUGGAUUCUGCUAAUAAAAAAUAAGAAAAGACUUCAUCUAUAAUUACAUGGAUGGGCCAUAAUUUGGUUAAUGGUUGACAUUACAGUAACUUGAUACAGUGGUUAGCAACUCACAAAAACAAAAGAUGAACAGGGGAGUGGUCUUUAAAGGCCUGGCUAAAUUUGUUAUGACAACCAUAUUGUAUUGUUUACUUGAAUGAACAGAUUGACUGCAUUGAGCAGCCAUGUUUAAGGUGCAUGUCGUUAUGGUAAUUAACAAUUCAUCCCUCUUGAACAAAGGAAGAGGCUGUAAGCCAUGCACUUCGUGUAUGAUGUCACGGCGCCGGUGAGCUAACAUCCAAAACCCAACUGCCAAAGUCCGGGUCUAACUCGGAGCGAUUAUAAUAAAGCAUUUUUAAAGAACAGCUGUCGUUGAGCUGCCACAGUACCCUAGUGGGUAGUGAGAUGACCUAUGGAUCGAAAGGUCCUUGGUUCGCAUCCACUAAAGCCCAUUUUGCAUAGACUGUUUUUCUUCUCCAAAUUUAUCCUUGGGAUAAUUUUAAAUGUAAGGGAAAACAAGAGGCCGAGCCACUAAGUGUAUUGAUCUAUAUCUGCAGUUGGGCACAUCGGUAUCCACAAAUGGGCGCUGGACUAUAGCGCGCAGAGGGGACCACGUUAUGCAUGGGGUGGCUGGCUCAUAGCUCUCUCCUCUUGAGCAACAGCACACACCUCAUAUGACUGCAGUGCAAACCAUCUAUUUGCCCCGGCCCACAAUGAAAUUCUGUUGCCAAAGACACCAAUUUUCAAAACUCAACUCAAAAAGAUAAAAUUGUAUUCCAUUUUUCUUGAGGUUGAAAAUUGAUUCUCUCCCCAACAAAAAGGCAUGUUCAAAGAAAAAUUGUUAGUUGUGUAAUAAAACAAAGUACGUUGCUGCACAAAUUCCCUUGAUGUUCAAGUUCAACUGGCACUCACUUGUAUUUGUCGGUUUCACGGUGAGAAAAUGUCACUGCGGAGGAUGACGGAAGCUAACUAUUCUAAGGUUUAAGGUUAAUGUUCGUUUUGUCAUAUUGUUAAUUUCUUUUGUUUUGAUAUGGGAUAUGUAAUGGUAUAAAAUACAUCAUUUUGCGAUGUUGCUUAUAUAAGUAAGUUAUUGGGGGAAGUCCUGUACAAAAUAAACUUCGGGGGUGUUUACGAGAAUGUGUAGAACAUUAAAAGAUAUUGGUAUUGUUAAUAAAAAGCAUUGAUGAUCCGUA